GAUGGACUAGUUCUGUGUCAAAGGAGACUAACAAAUGGAAGAUUUAGUUUUGAAGGAAAGUGCAUAGCUUUAUCAUCAUCAACUCCUUUUAAAGCUUAAGAGCACCAACACCCACUAACCCAGGUUGACUUUUUCUGAAUGUUUUUGCAGCUUGGCUCUGCAAGAUCAAACAUCUGAUAAUCUUAUAUUGGACCAUGCGUCGUUUCCUCAACUGCUUUUCCUUGAUGAGUUCCAGAGUUGGUAGACGUAGACUUGGGUAUGAGGACCCUACUAUUCUUGCUUCAGAAACUGCUUUUACAGUAAAUGAAGUGGAGGCCUUGUAUGAUCUGUUUAAGAAACUAUGCAGUUCCAUAAUUAAAGAUGGUCUUCUUCUACACAAGGAAGAAUUCCAACUUGCACUAUUUCAGAGCAGCAGUAAACAGAAUCUUUUUGCGGACAGGGUAUUUGACUUGUUUGACAUCAAGCGUAAUGGGGUUAUUGAAUUUGGAGAGUUUGUUCGGUCAUUAAGUAUUUUUCACCCAAAUGCUUCCGAAGCAGAAAAAAUAUCAUUCGCAUUCAGAUUGUAUGAUCUACGACAGACCGGCUACAUUGAGCGUGAUGAGGUGAAGGAGAUGGUGUCAGCCCUAUUGAGUGAAUCAGAUCUGGAACUUUCCGAUGAUGUUAUUGAAUCAAUUGUAGAUAAGACAAUGGUGGAGGCAGAUUUAAAAGGGGACGGGAAAAUCGAUCAAGAAGAGUGGAAAGAAUUUGUAGCAAAGCAUCCAUCUCUAAUAAAGAAUAUGACUCUUCCAUAUCUAAAGGACAUAACCAUACAAUUUCCCAGCUUUGUGCUCAACACUGAAGUUCAAGAUUAGAUAUAAUAGUACUACAAAGAUAGACAGUGCCAACAUUUUUCGCCUCAGACGACGGACACAUCAAGUAAGCAGCCUGUGUAAAGCAUGGCACAUAGAAGAGGAAAGGAACCAAACAAAAUAUUGAGGCUGCACCCCUUAGCAUAGCCCCAAUUGAGAUCAAGCAUCGCGUGGUAUGUUUUCUACAAAGUUUUCGGUAAUAAAGGCCUCACUCAGCAAACACUAGUGGUUCACAGUGUAUUAUGUAAUUUAACUGUUUAAUUUGUACACAAAGUGUAAAUUUUAGUUUAGAAUGUUUAUAAUCUCUCCCCCUUUUCCCCUUUAUUUGGCUGGAUCAUUUUUCUGUUCUUUCUAAAGUUUGCUAAGAAUUCGUUAAUUACAUGCUCGAAAAAGCAAUAAUGCAAUUUAUUGCGAAACGCACAUCAAUCAAUGGUUGAUUUGUUGAUUUAUUGUGAAACUCACAUCAACCAAUGGU